CGUCGGUUAAGGGUACUUUUUUAUAUAAACAUUCUAUUGGAAAUCAAAGUAAUGAUACUGAGAUAUUAAUUCUUACCUUGCCGACAGCUUGUUGAUAAAAAUUAAAAAUAUAUUUUUCAACAUCACCUCGUAAUAAAUUCAAAUAUUUACCGCCAUUUUUGACAUGAUCAGAAUCCGCAAUACAGUUUAGUUCUAUUUCAUCAAUACUAUUUUCAUUAAUUGAAACUUAAUAUUUUUUGUUCAAAUUUUAUUUCUACAUUUCGAUUAUUAAUUAAAGUAGCUAAGUGUCUGUUUUAGAAAUUAAGAUAGCUGUGUUUUGUUAAUUUAUAAAAAUAAAUAUCGAGUUUAUAAAGCACAAAGUGGUGUUAGAAGUGGAUCGAAACGUAUUUGACAUUGACGUUGCUUAUCAGAGUUCGUCUUCGGUCGAUUAUUUUAUUAUUUACGCAGAGCAAUUAUUAUUUAUAAAGAAAACAGUGAUUUGAGUAAAUAAAAUUAUACAAAAACAUAAUGAGUGAUUUACUGGACGAGGAUUUGGAGUUCCGCGGCGGUACUUUGCAGCUGUCGUCAGACACGAACGUGGCGGAGAAUUCAGAAAGUAAUCCUACUAAUAAUACGGAUAAUUUGGGAAGAAGGAAACCCCCUACUAGUGUAAAUCCCUCGGUGUUAUCUGGUGCAAAUUCUUUGACCUCCUCUACGUCUUCCUUUGCCGAUGCCCGAGGGCCUGAGGACCCGCUGAAUCCUGCAUCGGAGCAGGCAACAGGUAUCCAAGCAGUGUUCCCUCGUUAUGAUGUGCCGUUUGACAGGGAGAACAUCAAAGAUUUCUUUACAUUCCGUAAGGGAGUGGUGGACACUGCCAUACAGGAGUGUAUCACCGCCCUGCUGUUCCCUGAAGAUGGAGAGUACUUAGGAUCCUGGCUGCUGACUGAAAUAACCCUAUGGGACAAUGAAAAAGAGAGAAUUAUCCUCCUAACGUCAAGACUUGUAAUGACCAUUAAAUAUGACUUCAUAGCCAUGAAACAGCUGGAAUUCAAGAAGACAUACUUGGAUGACUUGGACACCAUUGUUAUCGGAGACCUGGUCUAUCCUCCGUCAUCAUUAGUUCCUCGUCUGAACGGCAUCGCAUCGGGGGUAACGACGGUCGUGAAAGACUGCGUGAUCGACCGUCUCUGUCGGCGCCCCUCCCACGAAGAAGUUGAACACCAGAACAGUAAACUGUUCGAUCCCAAGUAUUUUGAACCUAGAGAGCGCCACCUCCGAGGAGUGCGACUGAUGUGGAACAAGGGCGAGCCGAUUCCAUUGAAGACCGUGUGGAACCCGUUCAGCCAAGAUGUGCCCUUCCUCACUUUCGCAUCACAUCCCAUCUUCUGGUAUAAAGAGGGAGGUCCAGAAGAAAAAGCAACGUACGACAUGGAAACAUUUGCACUCAAGCUUCAAAGGGCGAUAGAAAAUAUGACGUCAUCAGCGUGUUGUAUACACCAUUCCCCCAUAGUCAUACAGAGUUACGUAGGAGUGACGUCACUUCUACACAACAAGACUAGCAUGGGAUUCUUCAAAGUCCGAGGCAAAUUCAGCUUCUAACUAAAGGUAUAUUUGAAUGGUUACUUAUUAUAAAGCUGUGUACACUGGUACACAGCUCGUGUGGCUCGGGACGGCGGUAGGUAGACGAAUAACGCUAUAAAUGUACUACUGAGAUGAUUAUUGGUUGAUAAAAUGAUAAAGACAGUAUUGGACUAUACUACCACUCAACCUAAGUCCUAACCUACAAAUUGGGUACCUAAUUAAUAAAAAAUAAAUUAUUUCGACUGUGCAAUACAAUAAACUAUUAAUAAAUAAUCACACUUUCAU